GAGUUUGAAAUAAAAUGCACAAAGAAAGGAGUUUUGACACGAUACGAACAACACACGCAGCGAGUGGGACAACACGUGGGUCUCAGGAGACUUUUUUGUCCUAACACUAACACAUAAUCCCUUUUGACUCACAAGAAGAAGAAGAACCAAAGACAUUUCUGCAAUUUUGGCCGGAAAACUCAGCUAUGGCGGAGUCAAAAUCUGACUGCCUCCCGCCGGGUUGGACAGUUAAGGUAAAAGUCAGAGAUAAUGGAAGAAAAGACAAGUAUUACUUUGCUCCCUCAAAUGGACCUACAAUUAAUUCUAGGGUAGAGGUAUUACGCUAUCUGGGCACUCCACUAAACAACCAUCACCAACCAAAAAAGAAGAAUAAAGCAACUUCCCAGCAAGCUGAAAAAGUUCACUACACUGAUCCUGUUAGCAAAAAUGUUUUCCGCUCCAUGAAGGCUGUAAUUCGGCAUGUUGAAACUGAGGAACUAGAAAUGGUUGCACAUAACACAAAAGGCAGUACAGAAAAAGAGUUGGAAGACAAUAAAACCUUUUCAACCAGUGUGAUCAAGAAACAGCAAUCAGCAGUCAGCAGAGCAAGGAGACAUAUUAAUUUUAGUCAGAGCUUGGACAUGAAUGAUAUAGAGCAGGAAGAACAACAACACUUUUCAACUCAACUCUUGGCCCCCUCUGAGCAUGCUUCUGAGAAAUGUCAGACGGGCAUAGCAUUGAGCAACUCAGAUCCGCAAGAAGCCCAAGUGUCAGAGCCAAAAGGAGGAGAAGGUGAUUCUCCUAAAAGCACAUUUGUUUUACUUCCUGCAGAUAAUGCAGUCAUGCCAGCUAAGAAAUUUCUUGAAGUUCAGUUGGUAAGCCCUGAAAGUGCAAAGGCCGAACCUGGUCUAUGCAAAUCCAAGAAAAAGAAAGUACCUGAGUUGCCACGACGUGCUUCAAAAAGACUAGCUGGACUUGAAGUUGACCCAGUGCCAGAACUGAAGCCAAGAACUCGAGCACGUCGAGUUGUCGUUGAACAGUCAUGUGAUGAAGUAGCUGGUACAGAUAAAGGUUCUUCCCAUGGUAAUGGGGUUACUGAUGCUUCCAAAACUGCAGAAUCGGAAGAGCCGGUUGGAAAUGUGAAAGCAAUUACUAACUGCGAGAAGAAUCGAGGGUUUCAUGUUCUUUCCUUGGUGAGUCAAAAUCCUCCAUGUGAGCAGCAGAGAAAUGUUGAAACUAGUGAUACAAAACUAGGAGUCUCUCUCGAGUUGCCUUUUAAUGAAUUAUUGACAGAUCCAUGCAUUGCAUUUGCAAUAAAAACUCUUACCGGAAUAAACUUUGGCUGUUCCGAGAGCUCAGAAGUUCUGCCUGGGUCCAUAAGUAGUAGUGAGCAUUCUUCGGCCAACUUGGCCUCAGAAAUCUUUAAAGUAGAAAUAGAUAAUAAGGUUGGCAGAAAAGAAGAAUGCUCUCAGGAUUUCCCUUCUGGAAACAUGUCCAGUCUUGAAGAACUUUCAGAACCUGAAACUAGGGCUGAUGAGAAGUUAGUAUCUCCUAUUGAUCUGCCUUGUGAGUCUUGGCAAGAUCCAUGCAUUGAAUUUGCGAUAAAAACUCUGACUAAUGACAUUCCAGUGGACUAUGAUCCGAAUAUCCAACAGUACUUUCAGCAGCAACUAAGUUCAGCAAGACCAGGAGGAAGUGAUCACGACACCAGCUUGACUAGUGUUUCAAUAGAUACAUUUCGCCAAACUGAAUAUUCUUGUCAGCAAUUUCACAAUGUUGUCGAGAAACCUGGGCUCGCACUCAUGCACAACAGACAAAGUUCCUGCCGAUCUGCUCGAAACCAGAGCGGAAAGGAAAGACAAUGAUAUGUGACAUAAACAUAAGGCAAUUCUCCUGAACUGACUUGAAAAAUUUGUAAAAAAGAUAGAACUACAAGUAGUACUACUGAGUUUGUUAGUUUUAACUUUCCCAGUUUUUGUCAGUUUUUUCUGUUGUAACCAUGUAGAUCUCUGAUCUGAACUGGUUACGUCUUGACACGCUUCUAGGCAGUGUAUAAGUUUAACUGUAGGCUUUAGUAUCCUUGGUGUAAACUGUAAACUAAGCUUAGUUUAUUUUGCAAGUAUGUUUUGAUGA